UGGUGGAUUUCAACGAUAUAGUUUGUUAGAGGAUUGGGGUUAUGGGGGUUUAGAGAGAGUGAAGCAUCUUCAAUCCAAAGCUUCUUCAAUGACAAAAGAAGCAAACCAUAGCAGCAGUGACAUGAAAGGUCUUCCCAAAGUGCUGGUUCUGGGUCCUCCUCUUUGCUUCUCAUCACUUCAACCUCUCUACUCUCACAAAUUCCAUUUUCUCAAUUCUCACCUAACAGAUCUCUCGCUUCAACAUUUCCUUCAACUCCACCACCCUCCCUCUAUUACCGCUAUUCUCUGCGACGCCGCCGGCUACUCCGUAACCGCUGAAGUCCUCCACCUCCUCCCAUCGCUCCGCCUCCUCGUCACCAUCAGCGCCGGAACAAAUCACAUCGACCUCCGUGAGUGUCGCCGCCGCGGAAUCGAGGUCGCCGGCGCCGGAGCUAUUUUCUCGGAGGAUGUGGCAGAUAUGGCCGUAGGUCUGCUCAUUGACGGAAUGAGGAAAAUCUCUGCGGCAGAUCGGUGGUUAAGGACGCAGAAUGGCCACAAUGCGCCCUGGCAUUUAUUCCCAUUAGGGUCCAAGUUAUCAGGGAAGCAAGUUGGGAUUAUUGGAUUGGGAAGCAUUGGCAUGGAAGUGGCGAAAAGGCUCGAGUCUUUUGGUUGCAUAAUCUCAUACAACUCUAAGCAUAAAAAAACUACAGUGUCAUAUCCUUUCUAUUCCAGUGUUGUUGAGCUUGCAACUACUUGCGACGUUCUUGUGCUCUGUUGUGAGCUAAAUGAGCAAACCAAACACAUAAUUAACAGGGAAGUCAUUCUGGCGUUAGGAAAAGGAGGAUUUAUUGUGAAUAUUGGAAGAGGGGGUCUUAUUGAUGAAAAGGAAUUGGUAAAGUGUUUGAUGGAAGGUGAAAUUGGAGGUGCUGGUUUGGAUGUGUUUGAGAACGAGCCUCGUGUUCCCCAAGAGCUCUUUGAAAUGAAUAAUGUGGUUUUGUCUCCACAUGCUGCUGUUCUUACUGCGGAAUCUUUCAUGAAUAUGUGUGAACUUGCUGGAGGGAAUUUAGAAGCGUUUUUCUCGAAUAAGCCCCUAAUCACUCCAGUUAUGUUGCCUGAAUAACUUGUUCUUUUGACAGCACAAUAUCGUGCUACAGAACUCUAUUUGGGUAAGUUUUUGAAGUCCAUUUUUAUAGCACAGAGUACAUGCUUUUCUUAAUUAUUUUAGUAUUUUCUUUAGAUUCUUCUCCUACAUAUUUAGUAAAAGUAGGAUUCUUCAAGAUGCAUGAAAAAACUACUGUUCUAGCUUAUGUUGUUUCUCUCAAGAUCGUAUACACAGUGUUUCGUUUUAAUAUUGUACAUUUAUCUU